AUGAGUAUACACGCGGCCAUGAACGGAGAUGUGGAAGGCACUUCAGAGGAGUGCGUGAAGUUCAUUCCCUCAAAGAAAUCUAGUAAAGAAGAAAAUGGUUCAAAGGUGGACGAUUUGCAGCAACUUCUCACACGCGAAGAUCUGAUGAAGUUGGACUUGCGGGAACCCUUUUGGAGACGAGCGCGCUUGGCUCUACUAAUAUUCUUUUGGGUAUUUUGGUUGAGCCUGUUAGCGGCUGCCGUUUUGAUCAUCGUUUUCACUCCAAAAUGCCCACCCAGACCAACUCUAGAGUUUUGGCAAUCAAAGGUUGGAUAUUGGGUUGAUCCGUUUGCGUUUAAGGACUCGGGAAAAGACAAGAUUGGUGAUAUCCGCGGGUUGCUGGAUUCUCUAAGUUACAUCAAGGACACCAUUGGUGCAGGCUACAUCGUAAUCGGAUCUUUCCUUUCUGGACAGUUCACGAACGCUCACAGUGAAUUGGGCCUCAUUGACGAUUUCGUCAAUGUCGAUCCUGCACUCGGUACAAUGGAUGACUUCAGGUCAUUGAUACGAACUUAUCAUAAGAAUGGGUUAGAAGUCGUAAUAACGUUGGACUUCAAUGCAGUAUCCUUGACUCAUCCAUGGGUAAACGAAAGCUUGUUGCUAAAGGCCAGUUUACCAGAAAUAGCGUAUGCACGAGAUGGCAGGGAAGCCGUUGUUUCAAUUUCUGGUAAAAAAUACUAUUCAGUUUCUGGCGUGAAUAAAGUUGAUCUGGACAUGGAGUCGACAGAGGUCGUGCACCGUCUUCUGCUGUUUAGAAAUGGAAGUGUGAACUUUGUUCGAUCCGUAAGAAAAGUAUUGGACGAAGCCUCUCAGCUCACCACUAGAAAACGGAAGUCAUCUCCUUUGCAAGAAGCCUGGAUGAAUGUUAAUGUUGCUUCAUACUACAAAACAUAUGCAAAGGAAAGGCCUCAACUUGGACUGGCCACCGCCUCGCCCAGUGAUCAAAGACAAGAUAAUAUUCUGUCAUUAGCUGUUAUUUUCCUUUUACCUGGUUCUCCGUUAAUUUAUUACGGAUCAGAACUGGCCACAGAAUUGAAACCAAGCAAAGUAGCACCCAAGGAACUGUUCCCAAUGGGAAAAGUACCACUGCCCAAUUUUUCGAACAGAGAUAGUGUCCUCACAUGUCAUCUUCCAAUGCCAUGGAGCCAGUCCGGUCUGGAAUUUUCUGCUGGUGUCACCAACACAACCUUCACAGAGUACCUACAGUCGUUUGAGAUCAAAGAAACUGUUGAGGUUUGUGCCUCAUUGUAA